GUCAAAUAAAGGUAGCAAGCAGCUGUGCUAUACGUGUUUUUAUUUAAUAAUAUCUCGAUAAUGUGCGUUUAAAACACGAAAAUUAAAUGUGAAACGCGAAAUAAUCAUGUCGAGCCGUCGUUCGAUACUCGGAUCGGCGCUUGACGCUCUACCACCACCGUCAGAUCCUCUCCGUGAAUUAUUUGAGGCAUGCAAAACUGGCGAUGCUGUUCGAGUAAAAAAGUUAAUUACUCCUCAAACGGUGAAUGCCAGGGAUACGGCUGGACGAAAGUCGACUCCUCUACACUUCGCUGCAGGAUACGGUCGCAGGGAGGUAGUAGAAAUCUUGAUAGCGGCCGGUGCAGCGUUACAGGCCCGCGACGAUGGUGGAUUACAGCCUUUGCAUAACGCAUGCUCCUUCGGCCACGCUGACGUGGUCAGGGCGCUGUUAGGAGCUGGAGCUGCUCCAGCCGCUAGAGACAAUUGGGGGUAUACGCCCUUGCAUGAAGCAGCUGCCAAGGGCAAGGUGGAUGUAUGUAUUGCGUUGCUGCAACACGGUGCUGAUCCGAAUAUCCGUAACACGGAAGGCAAGACUCCCCUCGACCUAGCAGACUCCGCUACCAGGCCUGUGUUGACAGGUGAAUACUGUGCAGCGGAUGUCCUAGAAGCAGCUAGGUCGGGAGCCGACGACCGACUAGCGUCUCUGCUGACCCCUCUUAACGUUAACGUCCACGCUAGCGACGGCAGACGGUCUACCCCCUUACAUCUUGCCGCUGGGUAUAAUAGGGCAAGAGCUGUAAGAUUACUGCUACAACGAGGCGCUGAUGUACAUGCUAAGGAUAAAGGAGGUCUAGUCCCUCUCCACAACGCGUGUUCGUACGGUCACUACGAGGUCACAGAGUUACUAGUUCGCGCUGGCGCUGAUGUUAACGCUACCGACCUUUGGGCCUUCACACCGCUACAUGAGGCAGCUAGCAAAGCGAGAUUGGAGGUGUGUUCUCUCCUCCUGAGUGAGGGCGCGGAUCCUACUCUGCUGAACUGCCACGGGAAGUCCGCGCUGGACGUAGCUCCUACUAGGGAACUUCAAGAGAGGCUGGCUUUCGAGUACCGUGGCCAUUGUCUACUGGAAGCCUGCAGACUGGCUGAGCCGGCCAGGGUGAAGAAACAGCUGACGGCUGUAUCAGGACAUCAACAUCAGAACUCCCAAGCAUCGACUAGUGGUAGCACCCCGUCUUUGCCUGGAGAAUGUAGCGUGGAAGCCCUGGUCAACUUCCAGCAUGUUGGCACGGGGGACAGGCCUCUACACUGCGCCGCCUCCAGCGUGUACCCCAAGCGGAAACAGGUAAUGGAGAUGCUAAUCAGGAAGGGUGCCCGAGUGAACGAGAAGAACAAGGAUGGUCAGACUCCUUUACACGUCGCCACCGAACAUGCACACUUAGAUGCCAUGGAUCUGUUAUUACGGCAUGGUGCAAAAGUAAACGCUUGCGACGGCCGCGGCUCCAGCGCCCUGGCUGUAGCAGCUCGACGAGACUCCGCCGCAGCCUGCAGACUGCUACUGGCGUGCGGAGCUGACACCACUGCUGAUGCCAUGUAUCCGCAGCCUGAUGAUGCUUGCGCAAACGCAGCGGCUCUGCGCCUGUUGGAAGCAGCCCGUACAGGAGACGUGGAGAACGCUCGCACCAUCCUGGACGCCAGGCCCAGGCUCGUCAACUGCAGGGACGUGGACGGGAGACAUUCCACUCCUCUACACUUUGCGGCAGGGUACAACCGUCUUCCUUUAGCUCAGUUAUUGUUACAAAGAGGUGCCGAUGUUCACGCUAAAGAUAAGGGUGGUCUAGUCCCCCUCCACAACGCGUGUUCAUACGGUCACUACGAGCUGACGGAGCUCCUAGUGUCGGCCGGCGCUGGAGUCAACGCGGCCGACCUUUGGAGAUUCACGCCAUUACAUGAAGCGGCUGCUAAAGGGAAGGCUGAUAUUGUACGGUUAUUGUUGAAGCACGGCGCAGACCCGACGCGUAGAAACCGCGACGGUUUGACCCCACUACAACUGGUACGAGCCGGGGACAGUGACACUGCGGACGCAUUGAGGGGGGACGCUGCAUUACUGGACGCUGCCAAACGAGGAGAUCUUGCUAGAGCCAGGAAAUUAAUAACGCCACAAAAUGUGAACUGUCGAGACACGCACGGACGGAAUUCUACGCCUUUACAUCUAGCCGCUGGCUACAACAACCUGGAAGUAGCGGAGGCUCUCCUAGAAGCAGGUGCAGGAGUAUCGGCUCGAGACAAAGGUGGUCUAGUCCCCCUACAUAAUGCUGCAUCCUACGGCCACGUGGAACUGGCAGCCUUGUUGUUGAGGGCUGGUACACCCCCCAAUGCCGCGGACAGGUGGGGAUUCACACCGCUGCAUGAGGCCGCCCAUAAGGCUAGGACUCAGCUGUGUGCUUUAUUGCUCGCCCACGGCGCAGAUCCCUACCUCAAGAACCAGGAAGGUCAAACGGCCCUGGACUUAGCAGGCGCGGAAGACGUCCGGUCGCUACUUCAAGACGCGAUGACGUCAGCUGCCGGUUCAGUAGCAGCCCCCGCCCCCCUUCCGCCCCCCUUGCCACCGCCACAGCAACCUGUGUUGAUGCCUAGCGGGGAUACCGUGCCUUUGGCUUUACCGGUGGUACCCUCAAACUAUUGGGCAGAAGGAUCUCGAGGUAGUUUAGAAGACGCGGCCGGGAGACCAGCAUCAGCUCUUUCCACGUCUGAAUCUUUACAGACCUUCCUGUCCAGCAUCGGUCUAGAACAGCUGACGCAAGUUCUAGAACGAGAACAGAUAACAGUCGACAUAUUGUCCGAGAUGUCCCACGAGGACCUUCGAGCUGUCGGAGUGGCGGCGUAUGGACACAGACAUCGACUGCUCAAGGCUGCCCGGCAUAGCUUGCAGGCGGCUUCAGAGUGGUACGGCGGCACGACGCUGGUGGAGGUGGCGCCGGGCGCGGAGGGGGAGUGCGCGGACAGCGAGUACUCCAUCGUGGAGCGGGAGAUGCAGGGCACCGUCCGCGCGCACAGGGACCACGCGGGGGGGAGCUUCACGCACUAUAAUGUUGUGAGGAUACAGAAGCUAGUGAACGGUCGUCUGUGGGAGCGGUACCAGCACCGGCGCCGCGAGGUGCUGGAGGAGGCCGGCGCCCACAACGAGCGCAUGUUGUUCCACGGGAGCCCGUUCAUCAACGCCAUCGUGCAGAAGGGAUUCGAUGAACGACACGCUUAUAUUGGCGGUAUGUUCGGCGCCGGUAUAUAUUUCGCCGAGCAUUCGUCUAAGAGCAAUCAGUACGUGUACGGGUUCGGGGGCGGCUCCGGCUGCCCCGCGCACAAAGAUAGGAGCUGCUAUUUGUGUCAUAGACAAAUGCUCCUCUGCCGCGUAACAUUAGGUCGCGCCUUCCAACUGAUGUCUGCGAUGAAGAUGGCGCACGCUCCCCCCGGCCACCACUCCGUCGCCGGCAGACCCUCGCAGGGGGGACUCUGCUUCCCCGAGUACGUCGUCUACAGAGGGGAACAGGCGUAUCCGGAGUAUUUAAUAACGUACCAAAUUGUGAGCGGGGAACCGAACUCCGGUGCUGUGUGAAAGUGACAAUCAGUGCUCAGUUAUAUAUGUGGACUGUGUCGAAUAACGACUGAUAGCCUAUGUAUGACGCGACGUCAUAGUGACUUAUAACACUGUCCUAGGUCCCGAUGGCACUGUUAUAAAAUCCUAUGACAAUUUAUGACAUGCGAAUAUUGUUAUAUAUAGCUGUUGUAGUAUCGGAAAUGUCGAUUUUAGUAACGAUUUUCAACAUAACAUAACAUCACGCCUUUUAUCCCCGAGGGGGUAGGCAAAGGUGCACAUAGAAGUAAUACCC